AUGAGGUUGCUAACCUCGACUUUCGCUCUCUUAUUAUCUCUCGUUGUCGUGAACGCCGCUUCCCUCCACGACAAUGCUAACAUCGCUGCCCGCCAUGCCCAUCUCUCCAAACGUGUAACUAGUCUCGAGAUGAGGGCAUCCAACUCGACCUCCAGGCGCUGCAAGAAGAACCGCAACACCAACAAGGCUUCUACUCCCGCCGCGAAUAAUCUUGUUGGCGACAAGGCUACUUCCUCCGCCCCUCCUCCUGCGAAGACCUCUGCUGCCCCUGCCAAAAAUAAUAACAACAACGGCGGUACUUCCAAGCCGGUCAACGCUGCCGGCCUCAUUAACGUUCAGAGCAACUGUGGUUCCAGCCGUGCUACCAAGGAGGUGACCAAGUUUUCUGGCCCUAAUGGCCACAUCGAUUGGCUGAACUGCGGCUUCGAGACCGACGGCGGAUGGCAGCCCCCUUUCGUUCGCGUGCAGGACAUCAUCACGCAGCCUUUGUCGACUGCUCUUCAGAACCCCUCGAGCCCGUUCAAGGCAUGCGCACGCUUCAUAUGGAUGUUCGAGAAGUAUGGCGGCGAGUACGGCAUUCCCGCGAUCAUGCUUGCGUCCUUCGCGAUGCAGGAGAGCUCGUGCAACCCCGAGACCGUUGGCGGAGGAGGCGAGCAGGGCCUGAUGCAGAUUACCCGAGAGAAGUGCGGCGGCGCCCCAGGCGGAAACUGCAGGGAUCCCGAAUUCAACAUCCGCACUGCGACUAGAUUCUUCUCUGAUACCCUGAAGAACAACGGCGGCAACGUGCUCUUGAGCGCUGGAGCUUACAAUGGCUGGCACCGUGGUUUGACUAGGUGGAAGGCGUUCGCUGCUGCUAACUCGGCUUGCUGCCGCUGCCAGAACAACGGCGACUACCUCCACCAAUUCUUCAAUGGCUGGUGCCAGAACAUCAACGCCUACGACCACAGACUGCGCCUCGGCAAGUACUUCAACCUGGAUGUCUGCGGCUGA